AUGGUUACUCUUCCAUCGCCUUUUAGCGACAUUGAUCGCAUCCAACUAUUGUUCAAUCGCCCCACAGAUAUUGAACCACUCUCCCGUCUCACAGAAUCUAUCAAUAAUAACGUCAAGCUAUGGGUAGCUCGCGAAGAUCGCAAUUCAGGUCUCGCAUUCGCUGGAAACAAGGUUCGCAAGCUUGAAUAUGUGCUAGCAGAUGCUCUCGCCCAAGGAGCAGACACCAUUGUAACUACAGGUGGCAUCCAGUCAAACCACAUGUGUCAAACCUCUGCUGCUGCUGCUCGACUUGGUCUCAAAGUCGCUCUUUAUCCUGCGGAUCGUGUUGCUUCGAAUGACACUGAGUACAAAUAUCUGGGCAAUAUACAGGCAAACGCCAUUCUCGGUGCCGAGACGUUUCCGGUCGACACAGCUGAAGAGACUGUUAUCAUGACUCUUAAAGAUCGUGGCCGAAAACCCUAUUCCAUUCCUCCCGGAGCCAGCUCCCAUCCCCUUGGAGGCCUUGGCUAUGCUCGCUGGGCGUUUGAGUUGCUAGAGCAAGAAAAGACGAUCGGCGUGACCUUUGAUACCAUAGCGCUCGUUGCAGGGUCUUGCUCUACCCUCGGAGGUUUACUCGCCGGAUUGAAGCUUGCACAAAAAGAGCAAAUUUCAGGUUCCAAGAAACGUCUUAUUGGAUUUUCGGUUCUGCACAAGUCCAAGAAGGAUGUCGAAGAAAUGGUUCUCAAAAUAUCCCGAACCACGGCAUCAAAGAUUGGAAUUUCCCCCGACGAGAUAACUACAGACGAUUUCGAGAUUAAUACUUCCUAUAUAGGUGAUGGGUACGGGCAACUCAAUGACUCCACAGCUGAGGCGAUGAAAAAGCUAGCAAGGAUGGAAGGUAUCUUGACUGACCCUGUUUAUACCGGCAAGGCGUUUACUGGCUUACUUGAUCUUGUGAAGACAGGAGACCUGAACGGUAAGAAUAUUUUGUUUCUUCAUACAGGAGGACAGGCUGUUCUCUCGGCUUACCCAAACUUACGAGAGUAG